AUGCCGAUCAAGCCCUUAUCCUUCAAAGGCGACAAGAAGCCUUCCAAGAAACGCAAACACCAUCACCGCCACGACGACGACUCGUCUUCCGCGCUCGUCUCGACUUCCGGCGACCCUUCUUCGACCGCGGACGCUGAAGAAGACACGACCUGGACCACUCCGGACGCGGCGACCGACAUAUCCGGGCCGACGAUCCUGGUCCUCCCCACCGCUCCGCCUACGGUCCUCUCCUCCGACGCGCACGGCAACGUCUUCGCCAGCCCGCUCGAGAACAUCGUCGAGAAUGUGCCCGAGACCGCGGAGCCGCACGACGUGCGCCAGGUCUGGGUGGCCUCGUCCGUGGCAGGGACAGGCCAGAUCAACCUGAAAGCCAGCCACGGGGGUUACCUGUCGUGCGACAGCAUCGGCGUGCUGGGUGCGCGACGCGAAGCGCGCGGCCACGAGGAAGGGUUCGUCGUCGAGCAGUUUGCCACAGACGCGGGCAGGACGAGAUGGCGGCUACGGACGGCGGCGUCGAAACCGUCAGAAGGCGAUCGGGGCGCGCUCUUCAUCGCCGCGGUGACGGAGACAGCCACGUCCAAGUCCGACGAUGAGAAGAAGCAGAAGGUGUCAUUGUCACUGCGUGGCGAUGGCGAUGCCGUGUCCGAGAAUACACACCUCGUCGUCAAGAUGCAAGCGCGGUUCAAGCCGCAGGUCCAACAGAAAAAGGAGACAAAGGCCAAGGAGAAAAUAAGCCGCCGCGAACUUGAGCAGGUUGUCGGUCGGCCUUUGGAUGAUGACGAGGUCAAGAGGCUGAAGCGUGCGAAAAAAGAAGGCAACUACUACGAAGAGGUUCUCGACGUAAGAGUGAAAGGCAAACAUGACAAGUUUGCGAGCUGA